GUUAUGCUCAUGGAAUAAUCUUUAAAAUUAAGUGAGAUAGUAAUGCGUUAGUGUAAGGAACAUUUCAGUUUAGGAAGAGUCGACCAAAAUCGUGUGGCUUGUGUACACUGUGCUCCUUGUGUGCAUGUCUGGUUCUGUGUCGUUGUACACGACGUGCAAAGAUGGUUGGAUUGCAUACAGGGGUUCAUGCUACCUUUUCAACAUGACUCCGAUGCAAUUUACCACAGCUGAGCAAUUCUGUAGACAACACGACAAUAGUCAUUUUGUCCAUGUAGACGAUGCCAUAGAAAACAGUUUUUUGAAGGACCGAAUGCGCAUGUUCAAAGAUUCUAUUUGGUGGGUCGAAAUUACAGAUGAAGAAGUAGAAGGAGUUUGGAAAUGGUUCGACACGGACGAUGUAGCAACGUACACAGACUUCGUGCCGGGAGAUGCCGGUAAUCACUACGCUGAGGACUGCGCUGUGUUUGGUUAUGGUGUUCAGUAUCGUUGGGUCGAUCUCCAAGGCUCUUCCCCCCCACUUUGUGGUGUGUGAAAGCAG